UUUUUUUUUUUUUAUUUAUUUAUAGAUUGAGUCAAAAGCUCUUUACAACUAUUCCCGGAUUCUUAUGUUGUACGCUUUAAUAAGCAUAUCAUAUUAAAUAAAAUCUCAGUAUGGUUUCGAAAAUCAUCCACCAAGUUCUGACUGUCCACCCUGAUAAAAUAAACCAUCCAUUAGUGAUUGAAAAUCACCAGCGACAAAUGAAUCAUGUGAUAGUUCAGCUUGGCUCAAGUCUGAUUGUGAUCAAAUAAAGCCUUGCCAAUACAUAGACAUGUAGUGAAGUACAUAGGCUUCUUGAAGUAGCCCGUGAUAAAAAAAUAUAUUUCAAUAUAUUUUUUUAUAAAUAUAUAAACAACACGUGAAUGUGUAAACUAGUGCUAAAGUCCCGGUUGUCAACAGAUGUUUACGCGUUCAUCUGACAUAAACUCCCGGUGAUGCAAACAAGUAAACAAAACAAGUAAACAAAACAAAUAAUAAAUAAAAAAUAAUCAUGAAAAUUAGUGAUUAUCAAUACCAAAUAUCAUUAAUUCGUAAAUACGCCAAAGAAAUUAAUAUAUCCGAGGAUGAAACAACGCAAAUUUUUAAAAAUUGUUUCACCAAAAUUACCAAUGAAAAAAAGCCAUUAAAAAAAUUAUUUAUUAUUUUCAAAAUUAUAAAAAUAUGUUUUAUUAUAUUUUUAUCAUUAUUAUCAGUUGGAAUUAUUCUAUACAAUCAUCCAACAAUACACAAUAUGGUACUUCGUCAUUUACAAAAUUUUAUUUAUCCUGGUUUUAAAUUAUUACGUGAAUUAUCAGUACCAAUCAUCAUCAAGUAUCCUUCAUUGACAGAGCUUUAUGAUGAAUCAUGUCUUUGGGAAAAUCCAAAUUUUCGAGUACGUGGUAUGGACUGUUGGCCUUGCAGUAUCACUCAAUCAAUUCCUGACAUGACUGGAUGGAAUAUGACAAAAUCACAUAGCCUUGCUGAACCUUUUACAAGAUAUGAGAGUAAUAGUUAUGUUGAUUUUUCAACAUUAUAUUCUGUUUAUAAAAGCCAGGAAAAAAUGUUUAUCACAGAUGCUAGAAAAGUAUCAUCAACAAGUUUUAUUUACAAUGAAAUUAAUGAUGUCAUGGAGAAUAGACUGGAUCGAAAUCCAUCUGAGGAUAAUGACAUUCAUAUUUCUUGGAGAAUCAAUAGAAUGAAACCUUCAAGAGCAUUGAGAAAAUAUUUUCCUAAACCACCUGGUACUCCAGAAUGGUGGAGUCAAAGUUCUGAAAGAUAUGUUUUUAUUGACGAGCCAAAAGCUUCUGCUUAUCAGCUGCCAAUUAUUGAAUGUGGCAAUGUCAUAUUGAGAUGCACAAGUGGCUCUAGACUCAUCAAGAUGAUUCCAAGUCCAGACUGCCAAAAAAAUUGUAAAACAUUUUCAAUUUAUUUAUCAGCUCAAGAAACAUUAUGGUACAAUUGGUGGUAUUGGAGACCAGCUAGCUAUCCAGCAAAUUCAACUGAAUUAACAAUAAGCUAUCUCACUUCAUACUGCUAAUAAAAUUAGAAAAAAAAAAAUAAUAA